CGCAGUCCGGUUCACCGACACCUGGAGUAAAGCGCGGAUGCACCUGCAGUUACCGAUCAUGGCACUCGUGUCGUCUCGCUCUGGUGGUGUCCUUGUCCAACGAUCACCCUCCGUGUGUCUCUGAGAGGAACCAUGCUGUCGGGAAGCUGGCGCCGUGGAUCCGUGAUCUCGGGGUCCAGGCUGGGCAGUACUGUGGUUCUGGAGGCUCAGUAUGAUUACUCGUACCGCGCCGUCGACGGCCGUCUGGUCUCCAUACACGAGGGCGAGCGCUUUCUGCUGCUGAAGAAGACCAAUGCGGACUGGUGGCAGGCGCGGAGGAUCGGGGUUGGCGCGAAGGUCAAACCCAUAUAUGUGCCGGCGACAUACGUCAUUGAGCUGCCUAUCAGCCAGUUCCGCCCCUUGCUGCCCUCCAGCCAAUCAGCAUCCGAGAGCUUCAAGAUGAUUCCACAAGGUUCCCUCACACCCUGCAUGCAAACGCACGGCUCAGUGCCUGAUAAGCAGUUCUGUCGUUCCAUGGAGAAUCUCAACUGCAGCAGUGCCUUGAUGGACAAACACAGAGUCUCAGCGCGAGGACGUUUCCCGACGUUACCCCUCUCCGGUUCCUCCACCUCACCCUCGGGUCACCUCUCGGUUCCGGGCGUCCCAAUCGCCCGCAGCCAAAGCUCCAGCAACCUUCCCCAGAACCCAUACCAGAACCAGGACCCAAGCCCCGGCAGCCCGACUAAAUCCUGCAGCCAGUGGGACAUGAGCGCGGCCGCUCGCAGACACACGCAGGGACGCAUACAGAUCUCAUCAUCUGCCUACAUUUCCCAGAGUUCCCUGUCAGAGCAGGGGAAGCAGCAGUGGGCGGAGCCUCCCAAGCCGUUGCCGGGUCAACGACCCCUGCAGACGCUGCAGCUGUGGGAUCAGUACUGCGACCCCGGAACCGGACGCUGUUACUACGUCAACACCGUUACCGAGGAGCGCUCGUGGAAACCUCCGCGCAGAGCCCGCGAGAGCCACGCCCACCAAAACAAGGUCGGGAUGGUUCAGCGUGACAUCAGGCACCUGUCGCUCCCAUUACAGAACUCAGGAAGCAGCUCAAUGCACAGGCUCUCGCCUGACCUCUCCUACAUGACCCAUGAUGCCAAUGGCUGGCAGCUGAGUCAGAGCAUGCAGCACAUGGCGUCGUCUGAAGCCCUUAGCUCCGCCUCUGGUGUGUUAGGCGACGCCCAUCACAGAAACCCCGCCUUAGCAGGGGGCGUGGCACACGUCAGCCACUCCUACUCCAUGUUCCUGCCCUCACAGGUGCAGAGAGCUUCUGCAAACGGCAAGUCAGAUUACAGGCUGGGGGUGGAACCUCCUUCAUCUGACAGCUCACCAGACACUGAAGGAGUCACACCGGUGAGAAACACACAAACAUAUACAGACAGGGAUAAGGAGAAUCCUCUAGAUAAUGUGCUGCUGUAUUCUCUGAGGAGAGCCGGAUCUGUGGAGAUGCUGGAUCAGAGCGGAGACGAGGACGAGAAUCGCGGUGGAAAUAAGGCUUCGUUGCCUCGCUCCACGUCUAACCUGGAGAGCUCGGAGCACAAGCGUGUGAAGAGCCGCUUGAAGAAGCUGAUUCUCCGGAGGCCUCCGCUGCAGACGCUGCAGGAGAAAGGGCUCAUUAAAGAUCAGGUGUUCGGCUGUGGGCUGGAGCUGCUGUGUGAGCGAGAGAAAAGCAGCGUCCCUCAGUUCGUCAGGAAAUGCACCGAUGCUGUGGAGAGGAGAGGUUUGGAGACUGAUGGGAUUUACAGAGUCAGCGGGAAUCUGGCCGUCAUUCAGAAACUGCGCUUCGCUGUCAAUCAUGAGCGAGCCGUGACCACAGACGGACGCUAUCUGUUCCCUGAGGAUUUAGUUCAAGAGCGUCUGGAUCUGGACGACCCGCAGUGGGAGGACAUUCACGUCAUCACCGGAGCACUCAAGCUGUUCUUCAGAGAGCUGCCCGAGCCGCUCGUGCCGUACGGAUUCUUCCACGACGUCGUCGAGACUGUCAAGCUAUCUGAUUACCUGGAUAAGGUGGACAGACUGAAGCUGCUGGUCCUCAGCAUGCCUCCACACAACCAGCACACCUUACAACACAUGAUCCAACACCUCAGACGGGUGAUGGAGCGCUCCGACAGCAACCGCAUGACCACGCAGAACAUCGGCAUCGUGUUCGGCCCCACGCUGAUGCGCCCCGAGAACGAGAGCGGAAACAUGGCCAUUAACAUGGUGUAUCAGAACCAGGCCGUGGAGCUGCUGCUGAGCGAAUACCAGCGGAUCUUCAGAUCCUACUGAACACAAUCCCAGACUGCACUGGGACACGAGGACGAGUCUGGAGACAGAUGGACUCAGAUCUGCAUCAUUACUCCACAAACUCACCGGAGAACACGACCGGGUCACAUUUCAGCUCAGAUGUCAGAAAUAAUAAUAGUAACAAAAAAUAAAUUAUAUUUUGCAUAAAGAAAAU